AUGCGACUCUCCGCGACAACCUUGCUGAUCACCGCGCUGGGAUGGAUCACAGCCGUGACAGCACACAACAUCCAGCUCCGGGCGCACUCGAGAGAAUGCUUCCACGAGUCGCUGCACAAGGAUGACCGGAUGACUGUUUCCUUCCAGGUCGGUGACCGGGAGUUUGGAGGCAGUGGAAACCUCGAGCUUGAUUUCUGGGUCCAAGAUCCCGGUAACAACCGCCAGUACUUCAAGCAAGCCAUUUCCUCCGACGAUUACUCCUUCACUGCCCACCAGGACGGCAAAUACGUCUACUGUUUCAGCAACGAAGGCUGGACCUCGAACUCGAAAGAAGUCUCCUUCAACGUUCACGGAAUCGUCUACGUGCCGGAAUCCGAGAUGUCGCAGGAUCCUUUGGACGCAGAAGUCCGCCGACUUUCCGAAGCCUUGACCCAGGUUAAGGAUGAGCAGAGCUACAUUGUUGUGAGAGAGCGAGUACACCGGAACACUGCAGAGAGCACCAACGCCCGUGUCAAGUGGUGGAGUAUCUUCCAGCUUGCCGUGGUUAUCGGAGAAGGUGUCUUCCAGGUUUGGUGGUUGAAGCGAUUUUUCGAGGUCAAGCGUGUUGUCUGAUUUACGAGCUUUACCAUGGAAAACGAUACUGGU